GGACCAAAAGCGAGUGGGCAGCAAGCAAAUAGCAGCAGUUCUGUGCAGUUAGAGGGGACUGGAGAGCUCAAGACGGUCCUCAAGCUCACUUGAAAGAGACCUCUAAAGCUCAGUCACGAUAAACACAUGUAAAUGUCUAUAAUUAAUAACAACAAGCUAGUAUUAUAUAUUCAUCAAUCUUGCAAUUCUGUUUGACAGUGUUCUUUUCAGAUUAAGUAGUUCUCCUGUAGUUACGACCCUUUUUUGAAUGGAUUAGGAAAACUGAGGUUUUCCAUAAAAGUUUAGGCUUGAUAAUUGCAUAAUAUUUGGAUCAAAACUGGAGCAAGCCUGUAGUCCAAACUCCAGCUGCAUGGCUGGGGAUGUGGAUGUUAGAAAUAGCAUCUGCUUCGUGUCACAGAUUUAGCUGUACUUGCCUGCUACAACGAUGGACAGUGAAGUGCAAAGGGACGGCCGAAUCCUGGAUUUGAUCGAUGACGCAUGGAGGGAAGAUAAAUUGCCGUAUGAGGAUGUGGCUAUCCCUCUGAAUGAGCUUCCCGAACCAGAGCAAGACAACGGUGGCACAACCGAGUCUGUGAAAGAGCAAGAAAUGAAGUGGACAGAUUUGGCUCUCCAGUACCUCCAUGAAAACGUUCCACCCACGGGAAACUAGUGAAUCGGUGAGAACUCAUGCAGUAGAUGCCGGACUGCAAUAUAAAAAAUAUUUUUCAGCUGACCAUCGCUGUCAUAAGGAGGAAACAACGUUUCUGAAAAAGGCUGGGAUUCAAACAAUGGUUCUACUCACAGUGACCAAACAGAGUUUCAAAUGCUUCUAUAACAAGUGUGAAAUAACAAUGGCUAUCUGACACCUCAGAGCUAGUAUCAGAAUGUUUCUCUUAUGUAAAAUUAUUUCAUAUCUUCUGUUAAAUUGUUCAUAAGUUGGUGCCAAUUCUGAUCUUAAACGUUUUCUACAUGUGAUAAAAGAAGUAGGUUUUAUUGUCUUGAGUUGUUAC